GCAGCUCAUGCAUUUGCAUUUGAUGCAGACUCUUAGCAGACUUCAGUCGGAGGAUCCAGCACCCGCGGAUGACUCUGAACUUAACCAAAAACUUUGCUCGUGGAAGGCUAGAGCAUUCAGAGACGUAAAAAACCUAUUACGACGCUUUCGUUUCUGCCUUAGAGCUAGCGACGCAGUUUUGGGUGUGAGUCAAGUGAGGUGUAUUUAGACUAGCUCUGGCCUGAAAGAGUGCAGACGGAACUAGGUUUUCUGGCGGAGUAGCACUAAAUCCACAGCGCAACAGACUACCGGUGCACAGUUCACCGCUGAGCUCGAGACAGACGGAGCGAGUCCGCUAAAAGUGCUCGGUGUGACUCCGAGAUGUGUUUUGUGUGACUUUAAAAAAAACAACAACAGCAGUUUGUCUUUACUCCCGUCGUCUCCACUACUCGGAGCGCUUUAGGGACACUUGUUCCUCCGUGUUUUGUCCAAACUGACGGACUUCUCGACACUGGACGGACUUCAGCUGAACUCAAAAGAUGUCAAUUUUGCCUUUCACUCCCCCCAUUGUCAAACGACUUUUGGGCUGGAAGAAGGGAGAGCAGAACGGCCAGGAGGAGAAGUGGUGUGAAAAAGCGGUGAAGAGCCUGGUGAAGAAGCUGAAGAAGACGGGACAACUGGACGAACUGGAGAAAGCCAUCACCACCCAGAAUAUCAACACGAAAUGCAUCACUAUACCGCGAUCUUUGGAUGGCCGUCUUCAAGUUUCCCACAGAAAAGGUCUGCCCCACGUCAUCUACUGCCGUCUGUGGCGCUGGCCCGACCUGCAGUCCCACCACGAGCUGCGGGCGGUGGAGCUGUGCGAGUACGCCUUCCACACGAAGAAGGAUGAAGUGUGUGUCAACCCAUACCACUAUCAGAGAGUAGAGACACCAGUACUCCCACCAGUGCUGGUCCCCAGACACACAGAAAUCCCCACUGAGUUCCCACCUCUGGAUGACUACAGCCAUUCAAUCCCUGAAAACACCAACUUCCCUGCUGGCAUCGAGCCCCAGAGCAACUAUAUACCAGAAACACCUCCACCAGGCUACCUCAGUGAGGAUGGAGAAACCAGUGAUCACCAGAUGACUCAUAGCAUGGACACAAGCUCCCCAAAUCUGUCACCUAACCCAGUUUCACCCACACACAAUAACUUGGACCUCCAGCCAGUGACGUACUGUGAGCCGGCCUUCUGGUGCUCCAUUUCUUACUACGAGCUGAAUCAGCGAGUCGGGGAGACCUUCCACGCCUCGCAGCCCUCGCUGACAGUGGACGGCUUUACGGACCCGUCCAACUCAGAGAGAUUCUGCCUGGGUCUUCUGUCCAAUGUCAACCGCAACGCAGCUGUGGAGCUGACGCGCAGACACAUUGGUCGUGGUGUAAGACUGUAUUACAUUGGUGGAGAAGUGUUUGCAGAGUGUCUCAGUGACAGUGCAAUCUUUGUCCAGAGCCCCAACUGUAAUCAACGUUAUGGUUGGCAUCCUGCUACAGUCUGCAAGAUCCCUCCAGGAUGUAACCUAAAGAUCUUCAACAACCAGGAGUUUGCUGCGCUGCUCGCACAGUCAGUAAACCAGGGCUUCGAGGCUGUGUACCAGCUCACCAGGAUGUGCACCAUCCGCAUGAGCUUUGUGAAGGGCUGGGGAGCCGAGUACAGGCGACAGACGGUGACCAGCACCCCCUGCUGGAUCGAGCUGCACUUGAACGGGCCCCUGCAGUGGCUGGACAAGGUGCUCACACAAAUGGGCUCCCCGAGUCUUCGCUGCUCCAGCGUCUCUUAGGGAGACCAUUCACCUACUCAUUUCCUGUCAAUGACUAGAAACACACAAACUGCACACGGACGAGAACGGCUACACAAGUACUGAAAGAUGACGAACCCCCUCAUUCAGCCACUGUUACUUUGUUCUUCCUCCCCACCAGCUGUCAGUAGCACUUUUUAUUUACUUGUCUGUUUUGAAAGGGGACGAGUGCAUUAUAACAGUUAAAUGUUAGAAGGAUCUCUAAAUUUGACGACAGCAAUUAUCUUUUGUUACCUAAAGGACCGAAGUUAUUGCUACGCGAGCUUCUUCCUGUCUGGUCGUGUUUGUUUAAACCUUAGUCUCAUGGUUUUUACCUGUUUUGUACAGAUGUUAAAGCAAACGGCUGAUCCCCAAAAAAUAAAAAAAAAGGUUUAUUUUUUAACCAUUACUUUUGAAUUUGUAAUGCAUGUGUAUGCGCAUGUUAAAUGCAUUUUACAUGAUUUUGUUUCUGUUUUUGGGCAUUUAAUACUUUUUGAAAAUGUGACCCAGUCAGAUGGCUUGAAAAAGAAUUGUAUAGUGGGAAUAGUCAACCAACAUUUAUAAAAAUACAGCGUGAAGGAAUAGGAAUAUAUUUCUGACUGGGUGAAUAACAGGAUGUUUUAGCUGCACAGUCAAACUUCAAACAGAAACAAAGGAAAGCAAAGCUUCAGUCAGACUUGCUGCCGUUCAGGUGGUUCUUAAUCAAGUGCUGAUUUGAACUACUACCUGAAUCACAGUUACAUAUCUCACAUGUGGGAUCAUUCAGGAUGAUGCACUUUUAUAAAAUGUUGAUUCUCUGGUAAAGUGGUGUUGCAGCUGCUGUGGUGGUGCUUGUCAGUGAAAUAUAUCCUGCAUUCAUUUCUGGAAGCUUUGCCAAUUUAUAUUGUAGUGUGUCACACAUGCAGACUUGAAAACAUCUCACAUACUGUACAUUUCUGCAUCGUUAAAGGGGACCCGUUAUGCUUAUUUCUGCCUUCAGGUUUUUGUUGUUGAGCUCACUGGUCAAAAUAAUCCUCAUUUUUGUUGCUCUGAUCCUGCAUCCAGCAGCUCUGCUUGUGCUUUGUCAGGAGCAGACUGUUACCUCCUCUACUCUUGAGGCCACCUUUCUUCUGAUUGGCUGACCUUUGCAAACUGAAGGUUUGAAUAGGAGGUGGAAGGCGCUUAAGAGCUUUCUGCUUGAGAUUACCUAUUCUGUGCUCUUACAGGAUCUGAAGUAAUGGCCAUGUUUAAUAACAGCAUGCAGCACUGUAAAGGUACGUGUGUAUAACAAAAAUAUAAAAGGUCCCCUUUGAACUGCAGAUUGAACAGACUUGUGUGUUUUAUGUAUGUAUCUGCAGAACGCUUUGAAGUGCAAGGGGAGCAAAGGAUGCCUUUGCUUUUGCUAAUAUUCUCAGCCAUACAUAAUAUUGGUCUUAAAAUUAGCCAUGCUGACUUUGUGCACUCAGGACUGUAAAAGAACAAAAAACAAAACAAAAAAAACAGAAUAACAUACAGAAACCAAUGAAAAGAAGAGAUGUAUGACCUUUGAGACUUUUUAGUCUAUUUUGCUAUCAAUUAGGUUUGUAACAUGAUACAGUGGAAAAUAACUGCUGGCAGGUCUGG